AUGCAUCUUCACCUAUACUUAUUUCUCCUCUCUCUCUCUCUCUCUCUCUCUCUCUCUCUCUCUCUCUCUUCUUACCCUAGUCAGUUUUCUCUUAAGACCUCACGCUUCAUUUCACUUAUGGCAAAACCUUGUCUUCUCCCUCCUCCCGAUUUCUUUUCUUCUUUUAGCUUUCUUUAUUCCGACUUUCCUCCUCAUCUGUUUUUUUUCUUCUCUUUCUUUUUCGAAUUAUCUUUAUUUUUAUUUCUUCAUAUUGCAUUUUCCAGUUCUUUUUUCUUCUUUAUACUUAUUCUCUUUUCCCUUUCGUUUUUUUUCUUUUCUUUUGUUUAUUUCUUUUAUUCUUCUUUCUUUAACUUUCAUUCUUCUUUUUGCCUUUUAUUUUUCCUUACCAUUUUCUCGCCAUUCUUCUUCAUCUUUUCCUUCUCUUUAUUAGUUCUUUUCCCUUUUUUUCUCUCUUUUUUAUUCUUCUCCGCCAGUUUGCUUCUUUCCUUUCAUCUUCUAUUUUCUUCUCUCACUUUAUCUUUCUUCUAUUUUUAUCUCUUUUUCAUUCUAUGUCAUCUUCUUUCUCUCUCAUUUUCUAUUUUCUUCUUCAUUUGUUCCUUUUUUUUCACAUUUCAUUUUUCCUUCCUUCGAUCACGACACUCUUUCUCUUUACAUUCAUCUUCAUUAGAUUUUUUCAUACAUUUUUCUCCUUCAAAUAUGGCUGCUGAUUUCCUUCCCAAGAUAUAA